AGUUGUAUGUUUUCUUAAACCAAGUCUUUCCAUAACCUCAUAGUGUCGACAUGGUUUGCCAAGAAGAAAUAUUGAUUGAAAAAGUGUGUGACUUGUAUGAACAAAUCUCAAGUCUUGAAACACUCAAACCUUGCAAAAAUGUCGACAUGCUUUUCACUGAGCUUGUCCUCACAUGCAUGCCACCUAGUCCUAUAGAUGUCACAAAACUCCCAAAAACUAUUCAAGAAAAAAGAUCACACCUCAUAAGGCUAUGUGGUGAAGCUGAAGGGUAUUUGGAGAGUCACUACUCAGCUAUCUUAGGUUCAUACCAAAACCCUCUUCAUCAUCUUCAUAUUUUUCCUUACUAUUCUAACUACAUCAAACUUGGUCACCUUGAGUUUUCUAUCCUUAGCCAACACUGUUCUCAUGUCCCUUCCAAAAUUGCUUUUAUUGGUUCUGGACCUCUUCCUCUUACUUCAAUUGUAUUGGCUUCGAAUCAUUUACCUUCAACCAUUUUUCAUAAUUACGACAUCGACCCUCUGGCCAAUUCUAGCGCUGAACAUCUGGUGUCAUCUGAUCCUGACUUGUCAAACCGUAUGAUUUUUCACACCAAUGAUAUAUUGGAUGUGAGUGAUGAUUUGAAAGAGUUUGAGAUUGUUUACUUGGCCGCCCUUGUCGGUAUGAACAAGGAGGAGAAGAAUCGAAUCAUUGAUCAUCUGGAGAAGCACAUGGCUCCCGGAGCACUUCUUAUGCUACGAAGUGCUCAUGGAGCUCGUGCUUUUCUAUAUCCAGUAGUUGAAUCUUCUGAUCUUCGAGGCUUUGAGAUCCUCUCGAUCUUUCACCCUAUGGAUGAAGUUAUCAACUCGGUCGUCAUAUCGCGUAAGUAUCAUAUGCCUAUACACUCACUUGAUCAAGGCCUUGGUUCUAUGAUCCUACCAAACAAGUGUUCUGAGAUUCAAGUUUUCAAUCCUCUUAGGAGCCUCAACCAUGGGAAUAUGAUUGAGGAAUUGACCAUUGAGGAUCAACUCUUGUGAAUCUCACUCCCUUGCUGAUUUACUUUAUAUAUCUACUACUUAUUUACUUACUUAGCAUAUCUCUAGCACAUGCUAGGAUGAAGAUUGUGUCAUGUCAUUACAAUUUAGUUAUACUAUAUAUUUCUAUUCAUGUGAUCUCCAAGUGCUUUGUAUUUCAUGGAGCACAACAUAUGUGAUUUUCAUAUUGUUCUUAAAUUUUCAAUAAAUAUAAAGAGAUUAUUGUGUUUUA